CCCACCCCACCAAACCGAAACUUCGUCGGCACAUUUUUGUCGAUGUACCGUCGACCUAAUCACACUGAUUACUUCUCACCCUCUUCCUUCUUUUCUUCAUCUAACCCUAAUUCCUCCACCGCCGUUCAACAAUCCAAUUCUGCCGUCGCCGCCGCCUCGCCGUCUUCUCCGAUGUCCGACGACGAUCUUGUCGCCAGUCCUUCCUCGAAUAACAAUUCUCCGUCGCCGUCUCAAUCACCUCCACCGUCUUCUGUAAAGAAUGAACUAGCAACUCUUCAUCCACCGCCGAUGAUCCCGCCGGCGUCGACUCGUCCGGCUGCAUUUCCGGCUCGCGAGGACUGUUGGUCGGAAGCGGCAACUCAUACUCUGAUCGAAGCGUGGGGUUCUCACUACGUGGAGCUGAAGCGCGGUAAUCUCCGGCAGAAGCACUGGCAGGAGGUGGCUAACGCCGUUAACGCACUUCACGGCCACUCGAAGAAACAAUUUCGCACCGAUAUACAGUGCAAAAACCGCAUUGAUACAUUGAAGAAGAAGUAUAAGAUCGAGAAAGCUAGGGUUUCUCAAUCCCACAGUCGGUAUGUCCCGCAGUGGCCAUUUUUCAACAGCCUGGAUGUCCUGAUCGGCGAUAAUUUCAAACCGUCGCCGUUGCCGGUGACGGUCGCCCCUCGACGGAAGACACCUCCGUUGCUUCCUCCUCCACCUUCCGCCGUUCCGGUUGGUCCACGGUCAAAGAGGCCGGCGGCAGUCAUGGAGGACGCUGUUUCCCGGAGAAAUUUCUCUGCUAUGGCUGCAGCUGCUGCUGCCUCCGAGGAUUCAGACGAAGAGGAGGAGUCGGAAACUUCAAGUCCGGCGACAUUUACUGCCGGUGCUCUAAGUAGGAGGAAGGAGAGUGGGGCAUUGGCAGAGGGUUGUAGCAGGUUAGCUGAAGCAAUAGGAAAGUUUGCCGAGAUAUACGAACGAGUUGAAGAUGCUAAGCAGAGGCAAAUGGUGGAAUUGGAGAAGCAAAGAAUGCAGUUUGCAAAGGAUUUGGAGAUUCAAAGAAUGAAACUCAUUAUGGAGUCACAAGUUCAGCUUGAAAAGCUUAAACGCGCUAAGAACAGUUCACAAGCUGGUGAGUGACUAUGUAUUCCUAGUGGAGAAUUUGCUGUUUCUUUCGUUAUGUUUGAUUUUAGAUAGCAAUCCAAUUGACGGUCGUGUAUGUAUGUAUGUAUGUAUCUUAAAAGAACCAUUCAAUUUGAAUCUUAGAUACAAAGAUAUAUGAAGAUGUUUCUUAUUCAAGUUGUUAGUUGACAUUUAAUGUUUGAGAAGUUCCCGAUUGAUCGUAA